AUGAACACAGAGCCACGCUACCAUGCGUCGACCCGCGACUUCGCGGUGCCUCCGCCGUCCAAGGGCCACGCCGUCGCCCAAUGGCUGGAGGAGAGCGAUGAUGUGGUCGACGAAUAUCAUAUGCCCAUGCAGAGGGACUCGAGGGGAUCCCUCCCCCGUCGGCCGCCAUCCAGAGAUCAGGCCCAAAGCAUUCGACGCGAGUCGGUAAAUUCGCAACGCAAAUCAUCCAACGCCUCAUCCAACUACUACCAGCCCGGAUACAGCCUCUAUCCCGCUCCAUCCAAGCCCCUACCGGCUCUGCCCACACCCAAGUCAGCCACUCACCGCGUGCCCUCCCGCGAUUCCUCAGACAGAUCAUCCAUCAGCACUCAUCGCUCCUCUCAAAUCUCCGCGACCACAUCCACGCCUGAUGCCACCACUGUCAGCUUCUCACCGCCCCCUCGCCGCAGCAGGGUUCCUACCAAUUUCUACAAGCCUCCGGAUCCAUCUGAAAUGCUCCCUCCGCCGCGCAAAUCGUCCCGGCCCGCUGAGGUCGUCUUCUGGAAGCUUCUCCAAUCGGACGACAAAAAGAAUGGCCCCGUUCAUUAUCUAGACAUGUCAUCCAGCCUCGCCACCAUGGCGACCAAGCAUGGAAACAACAUCAUCAAGGUCUGGUCCACGGCGGGAGGCACCGUUCAGCAAGUCAUCAAGUUUUCCUCCUACACCGCCGCGCAGUCCCGCUCCCGCGAGUAUCUCAUUCGCAGCCACGCCAUUCUUUCAGAGCCGACAAAUCUCAUUGCCAUUGCCACUCGCUUUGGCAGAUACAUUGAGAUCUGGAACUGGGCCAAGAAGAAGUGUUUGCAGACGAUUGACGAUGCUGAUCGGUGGACCUCGGCCCAGAUAGAGUCCUACGACGGCGCUCUCAGCUCUCUAGCCAUCUACGCUGGCGAGAAGGGGCUGAUUGACAUUUACAGGGCGACGCCUGAGAAGAAGCCCUUUGUCAAGUCGCGUACCAUUGACCUCAACAAGGUCGAUCUGCCAUUCGUGCCCCAGUACCCAGAGCUUGCUCUCUCCAAGACAAGCCCUCUGCUGGCCCUUGCAGCUGGACCCCGCCCCCCACGUCAAGGCCACCCGCCGCCCGAGAAAGAGACGCUUCUCGUCGCGUGGGAUACCACCGAGGGCGGCUCGAACAAGCCGUACCGUGUGGCCAGGCCAUGGCAACACAAAGAGCUGGACACGGCCAUCCCCUGCGACAUGGUCACCUACGGAAGCGCCGUCGUAUCCAUCUGGAUCCCUGCGACUUUCCGCGCCGUGCCCGCUACCAAUGGCGGAUCGGGCUACAACCUCACCCCCGUCACAGUCCCGUACCGUUACGUCCUGGUCUGGGAUCUUGCUGCCAACUCGACCCGAACAUUUGGCAUCCCCAAUACCACAUCCUGCCUGUCUCCUGAUUGCCGGUUUGUGGCCUACUGCCACGCAACUGGAGCCAACAUUGGCGCCCGCGGCAGCAUCGUCAUUUUAGAUGUCAUGACGGGCAAGGAGGUCUGGAGCUGGCCCGACCCAGAGGCCCUGGCCAUUGACUACACUCCUCGUCCGGGCUUUGAACAGUUUGACGAUCUAUCCCGCGUGUCGGAGCUCUCUUUCUCUGCCGACGGGAAAUUCUUGAAUGUGGGUGAUCUGGACGGUCACAUCGGCAUGUACGAAGUGCGUGAAUCUACCGGAGACCGACUACAACUCCACAUGAUUUAG